AUGGAGCCAAGUAAAAUGAUUUAUAUUCGCGUUGAAAAUAUAAAGCCUACAUUGGAUGCAUCAAAAGAGGAAAGCCUAAAGAAAAUCAGAGAAAUAACAGGACAUCCUGAUUUUAGGAAGAAGAAGGAAGAAGUGCUGCAGCUGAUAGUUAUCUCCAUACUGAAAGAAGCACCCAUUGCCAAGCACAUUGUAGUUGAGGAUGUGUUUUGCCGAGUUGAAAGAGAGGCACUGCGGGGCUAUCUUCAAGACGUGUACAUACACUACGCAAAAAAAACAGAAAAAGAGGUGCUGCAUCUUCUAAACUCACCAGAAGGGAAAACAGAGCAGAUAUUUAACGCCGUAGUAAAGUGCAUACAAGAAGAGAUGGAUAUUCGGGCCAAAACAUACACUGAUCUUGUCAACGGUAGAAUAGGCAGAAAAGAUGGGCUCAAUUUUGACACUGUAGAUGUCUUUAACUACUAUUUGCAGAAAAGGAAAACUUCUCGGGUUGACCAGGCAAAGGUAGAGUAUUUGUACACGCAGAUGCAGGCAUGGCGCGCAGGCUCUAAGGUAGAUUUGAGCGCCUCUCCUGAAAAUUCAAAGAAUGACAUAUAUUACAUGAUGGAUGAGUAUGUGUUUUUGAAGGUGGUUAGCCACUGCCAGAGUGUAAUGGAAACUCGUGCAUAUGCACCCGAGGACGUGGAGGCAAAUGCAUUGUGUUCUUUUGUGGUAGACCUCUACAACCACUGGGGAGAGAUCAAGAAGGCGCAGCUGUGCAGAGACCCUGCGAUAUACGACGAAGUGCUUGGUCUGUUUAGCAGAGCAUUCGACUGGAAAUACGACAGAGCAUACCAAAAAGAGUGCAGAGAAAAGAUUAGGGAGAAGGUGCUAGAAGAAGUAGCGUACUUAAGCAGGAAGGCAAGCCUUUCUGGAAACUUCAAAAAAGAGCGCACAAAAGAGAAUGCAAACGCGUCUCUGUGCAUUCUUCUCGAUGUGCAGACAAACAGCGGAGAAAAAAACACGCAGAGCAGCUUCAGUGAAAACUUUGUGAGAUUCCUCAGCCUCAUGAAGUCCAUUCUGUUCCUUGUGUUCUCUGUCCAUAGCAUGUUUUUCGACAUAAAAUAUGCCUUGGAAGAGGGAGAGCCUGGCAACCUAUCUUUCUUGAGCCUGUGGUUUGCCAAUUUAGUAAUUACUCCGAUUUUCACACUUCUUUCCAUUUCAAAAGAGCUGUACGGAGACAAUAUAGGGUCUAAGAAAGGCAGAGAAAGGCCAAAAUCUGCGCUGUUCAUAUACCCCGAGGACUUUGCAUACCUUGUGGGAUUCUUUAUUUUUAUGUCGUUCACUCUGUGCUUCUUGUGCACCCCUGCCAUGCAGAGACAGUGUGUAUACAUAAUCAAAUUUAUUCUGUUUUUCUUCAAUCUUGCGUACGGUCUGCGCAACCUAUCUAAAAGCUUCACAAAGCUGCGCAGAAGAAAAGACAAUCGACUGCGCCACAUAGUUAGCUUCCUGUAUCACACAGGGUCCCUGGUAGUGCUUCUUGCUGGAAUGUACUUCUUCUUCCUUCGUGCGCCGUGGGUUGGGGACGACAAAGUUCUUAAUGUUCUUGUGCGAGUUUAG